CCUCAGACAGCCACCAGAGGGGGACACAGUGCGCGCUGUGUCCACACUGAGGCUGUUUUGGGUUUCUGCUUUCGGGGCAAGUUGUACCGGGACCGAGAGCAAGUACAGUACUUUUAAACCCUGUGCUAUGGUUUUAGUUUAGAUUUUAGAUACAUCAACAAUCAUCGCUGCUUUCCCCUGCUUUGAGAAAGAUAUCUUUUCAAAACAUUGGCAGCUGCUCUGUCAACUCGCAGCUUUGAACGGAGGAAAUUUACAAGCCCGUAAUGUUCAACCCACACAUCCAUCAGCAGCAGCAGCAACAGCAGCAGCAGCAGCAGUUUCACCAGCACCUGCGGCAGCUACAGCAACUUUUCCAGCAGCAGCAGCCUCCGCCUCCACCUCCGCCGCAGCCGCCUCCUGGGCAUCAUGUCGCCCAUCACCAUCACCAGACACCGCGAGCCAUUCCGGUUCCUCCCCAGACAGCUCCUCCUCCCAGGAUGGUCAACCUGUGCCAGGCGACCCAGACUACAAUUAUCGCCCCCAAUCCCAUGCUGCAGGGGGCCUUGCUGAUGCAGCAGAUGCAGGGUAACAUGCGAGGCUUUGGCAUGGGUGGGCAGCAGUUCCGUCAGUUCUUCACUGCGGGCGCCAGGUCGUCUCUGCUCGGGCCGGUUCCCAUGGGGAUGGCCAUCAAGUCCCCCAUGAUGGGCUUCCCACCUGCUCGACCGUUCCACCCGCAUGCUCGCUACUACAACAACAACAACACCACCACCACCGCAGCCUCUUCCUCCUCUUCCCUCUCUUCCAUCACUAACACAGACGCUGCAUCUCGUCAACCUGACAGGAAGAGGGACAGCGAGCAGAUGGCAGCAGGGAGCUCAGACCAACCAGCAGCUAGCAGUACCAAUGAAGACAAGCCUGAGACAGAUGGUGGUGUGGAAGGAGCGGAAGGACCUGCACAACCAUCUGACGAGCAACUUGAAGAACCUGCAGUUAAGAAGCAGAGGACAGAGGGGUCAGAACAGUGUGCUGUCGAGACUGUCGCUGUUGGAGAUGCAGAUGGAGAACUUCUCUCUACAGACAGCAACACAGAGGACAGCCAGCCUGAAGCCUCCAGUCUUUUCCCAGACUGCAUCCUUAUGGAGGAAGGAGGCUCCACAGGGGGGUCAGAUGUUGCUGAGGCGUUGGAGGAGAGCAGAGCUGCUGAGGUGCACAGCUGUUCGUCAGCCCUGUCCCCAGCUGGCAGGCUGAGUGAAGACAGCCAGCAGGUUAAUUUGGACGAGAUGCCACAGGACAAAGACGCACCUUUGGCUUCACCGGACAACCCGGAGGAAGGAGAGGAAGGUGUGGUCGAGGGCACCAACAAGUUCUACUGCUACCUCUGCAGCAUCACCUGCCACAACCAGCAAAACUUCAGGAGUCACAUGAACAGCAUGUCCCAUCAGCAGAGGAUGAUGGAGAUCCAACACAUGAGCAACGCAUGUCUGGUUACUUUGCUGCCUCGUGUGCAGGAGUCUCUUCAGGGGGCAGUCAAAGACGGAGAGAAGAAAGAAGACACGAAGCAUUGGUGUGCCACCUGUCACACCCACUUCACCAGCAGCAUCGCGGACCAUCGUCGCACCGAGGAGCACAAACUCGCCAGCAGAACAGCCAUCUCCUCCUGCACGCUCUGCAAGAAACACUUCAGGACCUCCCAGAUUUUUGUGGAGCAUUUGCAGUCCCAGGAGCACAGACAAAAAGUCGAGAAGCUCCAGGAAGAGGAAGGUUCUGAAGCCUUGGGCAAGCUAACGGCCAUGGACACUGACGGCCUUUUGUUGGAGGAGCUGGAGGAAAGUGAGGUGGAGGAGGGAGAGGAAAGACAGACGAGUGAUUGCUCUGAGAAACAGGAUGGCUGGUCCUCCCUGAACGAAGUGACACUGAAGGACAUGGCCAGUGAUGAGCAGUAUGACCCCGACACGGUCUACGGGUCCAGUUUUUUUGUUCCAGUAGCAGGUUUUAUCUGCAGACUCUGCAACAAGUUUUACCACUUUGAAUCUUCUGCCCUGCACACCCACUGCAAAUCGCUGAAGCACUUUGAGAAUCUCAAGAGGUACAGAGAGUUGUUAAAUCAAAAGGAAGAAGCUGUUGCAUCUUCCAGAGAGUCUCUCCUCGCUGCAGACAGCCUCGGGCCUGUAACGGAAACCACCACAGACUGCUCAGAUGAAAAUUCCCGCUUUGAUGACACUGGAUUAGUGACAAACGUAAACUCCGAGCCCAAGCAGGCUCCGAUCACGCUCACUCAAUUGGACACGCAGACAGAAGAGCAGCAACAGAAGGAGAAAGCAGGACCCGGCCAAACCUCGCUGGACCUCGCCACCACCACCACCACAGCGACCAGCACUGGCAGCACAGACCAAGACCUCCACAGCAAGGAGGAAGAGACGACAUCCCAGGACUCUGUAGUUCAGGAGAGACCUGCUGGCAGCAGAGAGGAGCCAGACUCAGAGCCAGGAGGUGCUGCUGAGGAUGCUAAUGAAGGGGAGGAGGAGGAAAAAGAAGCUCCUGCUGCCACAGGGAAAAAGAGUGGCACAGGGAAGGCAAAAACCACCAAACGCAGGUCAGGGAGGGCAAACAGACGCUAAGUCAAACGAUAAGACGAGGAAGGAGGAAAUCUGAGGACAGGAUGUGCCAGUAUGUGAAGAGGUGCUUUCAUGAAACAGACACCAAGAAGAAGUGAACAGCCCUGCCUCUCUCCGUGUUGAAAAAGUCUGAAUUCACAACACACAACAACAAGUAGGAAGACUGAAUAAUGAUGAAUUGUGAUGGAACAUGAAUUAUUCUCCCAGGGUGGGAAAUUAAGCACUCCAAUAAAUAAAUAGAAGUUAAAUCAGCGGGUAAGUAACUUAACAUUGACUCCCUGUUGAAGGAUGAUUUUCUUGAGUCAGAUAAUCUCCAGCCUCACCAUUAGAUUACAACUCAUUAUGAAGUAUGUGAGCCUAGCCUCCAUAUUUACAAAUCUUUAUGUUGCCUGAAUCAAAGGAAAAACAGUCAGAGCGUCUUAAAUUGGUCGCCCGAUGUGUCCCAAUUCUACAACCGCGUAAUAAAAUAAAUUCUAAGCAGGGCCUGAGUGACAAAAUUUACACUCAAAAAAAGUGGCUGACACAAUUUUCACAGAACAAGUUGUGGAUUAAAACAAAAAGGUCCCCAUGAGCGUGAAUCUUACUGACUUGAGCUUGACAUUUCAUCUAGCACUAAUUUCAGGUCAAAAUAUCAAUGUUUGGUUUAUGACCGACUACCUUUUUAAAAACUGAUGACAUUCCCAUCAGCUUUAGCUGCACUUUUGUUUAGCACUGACAUGUGAAACUAAGAUGGAAGACCUGGUAAACAAACCUGUUUACAUCAGCAUGUGGACUUAGGAUUUAGUAUAACCUCAGAGAGCCGCCAGCAUGACUGUAUAUCAUGUAUUUUAAAGAUGUAGUGUGACAUGAAAAACACCCUCUAUUCAUAUAACAAUCACUGUGAAUGAACAGUGUCCAGGCUGUUUAAAUAUGGCUGGUAGAUUUGAUUUUUCUGAGAAUGGCUCACAAAAAAAAAAAUAGUUAAUUUCCCACCCUGCUGCCUGGAUCAGGAUGUUAACGAGGACUGAUUGUCAGCUUUUGCUAAUUGUCUUAGCCAGCUGUGGUGAAUGGUUAACUUAAUAUAACCAACAGGUUGGAGACAUUUUCCACAUUGCUAAACACGUAGCACACGCUUUUAGCGACCUGAAAUGUAGAAUGUAACGAAUUAAAAAAAAAAAAAAAAUUUGUUUGGGGGGAAAAAAAGUAUUAAAAUGGUACUUUGGUACUUUUGAGUGUUGAGAAAUGCUGAAUCUUGAAUUUGAUCGUAGCUUUGUUCUGUGCAUUUUAGCAUCUUUAAAAAAAAAAAA